AGCCCAACUUCGGACUCACCCUUGAACGUAUUACCAACCCUCUGGGUCCGCAGUGACCCACUCUAACCCCACUACCACCACCACCGCCACCAUAGCAGUACCAACCACAUCAACAUGUCUACGUGUAACCUGGACUCAUACACGUGCUCAGACGAGGGACUGCUCAUGCCCUUCGUCAAUGAGUACACAUGGCUUGUGGAGGUCAGGGCCGUUAUCUACUUAUUGGGUUUGCUGUGGAGUUUUAUGGGAGUCUCCAUCAUCGCUGAUAUCUUCAUGCAGUCCAUCGAGGUCAUCACCAGAUCAUUAGUCGUGCUAAGCGGGGGAAACUUAUCAAGCCGUCGUACCUGUGAUUUGGUCCUUUCAGGGCUGGAAGUUGAAUUCGACUGUAUUUAUUUAUUUAUGUACCCAACAGUAAUAAAGCAAAUUUUCCAAGUGGAAUUAGUUUAUAAUUUUAUUAUUUUUAUUAGGUCAUUAAAUUUCAUUGUGGUAUCUUCGUCUUUCCCGAUAGGACAAAAAGGCGGGGUUGAGCUGGUACACAGCAAGGCAGACAAGGCCGUUGUUGUGGACGUCCUCAAGAAAAUGGGCAAGCGUCCCGACUUAUCGGAGGAGGACGAGGCUCGGAUUACUACAGCUUUCAUGGCCAAGCGGAUCCCGCACAACCGGGCCUGGUACCGGAUCAACGCCAUCCGCAACUUGACUGGUGGUCACAAACUCGUGCCUAAUGUCACAGAGAAGCAGAGAGAGAUCCUUAAAACAAUCGAGAACGGCGAGGAUGUGGGUUCCACUGUGUCCCUGGGCUUCGUGCCGAAUGGCGGGAACAAGGCUGUGUUUGAGUGGGCAGCGGCGGCCACGGCGGUACUGGAGAGGGAUAAACACGCCACGCUGGUCAUCUUGAGACAUGGCAACGUUAAGCUGCGGGCCUUCGUCAGGGUCGAGACAAUCGGCGGAACGGCUGAGGCGGGUUCCGACUACAAACAUAUCAAGAAGACGGUGGUGUUCGAACCCGGGGAGACCACCCAGGAGGUACAAGUGGAGAUUGUGGACGACAACGAGUGGGAGCCGGACGAAGUCUUCUUUGUGAGGCUCACAGUUGACCCGGAGGAGCCAUUUGUGCUGGGAACACGGCCGAUCUGUGAGGUCACAAUCGUCAAUGAUGACGAUCCGGGCAUGUUCGAGUUCGCUAAACCAAGUUUUGUGUUCAAAGAAAGCGCGGGAAAGGCCUUGGUGGAGGUCAAGCGCCUCAACGGCUGUGAUGGGCGUGCCAGCGUGCAUUGGACGACUCGAGACCAGACGGGAGAGAAUGCUGCUGUGGCAGGAAGAGACUAUCAGGCAGCUUCUGGGGAUCUCGUAUUUGAGCAUGGCGAGCUGUCUAAGACCAUUGAGAUUGAAAUCACAGACGAUCAGGACUAUGAAAAAGACGAACAUUUCGACCUUGAACUCACCAGCUGCUCCGAGGGGGCCAAACUAGGACAUCUGAAAAAGACAGUCGUCACGAUUCUCAACGACGACGAGUUUCAGGGAGUGGUCAGCCGUAUCGUGGAUUUGACCAACGCCAACCUCGACCAGAUCAGCGUGGGUAAAUCUUCGUGGGGCAAACAGCUCAAACAGGCUAUGAACGUCAACGGCGGAGAUAUGGAGGCGGCCACAACUGCUGAUUACGUCAUGCAUUUCCUGACAUUUGGCUGGAAGGUGAUUUUCGCUCUCAUCCCACCGACCCACAUCUGGGGAGGCUGGCUCGCCUUCUUUGUGUCCCUGGCAAUGAUUGGCAUUUUGACCGCCCUUGUGGGAGAUCUCGCCUCCAUCUUCGGUUGCCUGAUUGGCUUGAAACCCACAGUGACGGCCAUCACGUUUGUUGCUCUGGGUACCAGUUUGCCAGAUUUGUUCGCCAGCAUGCAGGCUGCCAAACAAGAGGAACACGCAGACAACUCCAUAGGGAACGUCACGGGCAGCAACUCCGUCAAUGUUUUCCUCGGCCUGGGCCUGCCCUGGACAAUUGCCGCCAUUAAAUGGUCCAUCGAUGGCACAACGUUUGAGGUACCGGCCGGUAACCUCGCCUUCAGUGUGACGUUAUACACAGUUUGCGCCAUUGUCACUAUCGCUAUACUGAUGCUGAGGCGGUCUAUCAAGCCACUAGGGGGCGCCGAGCUUGGAGGUCCAAAAGUACCCAAGACAGUCAGCGCCAUUAUUUUCGUAUUUCUCUGGUUCUUCUACGUCCUUCUAUCCUCACUUCAAGCGUACGAAUAUGUUAAGGCUGAUUUCUAACUGAUAAAAUAAAUUGUUGUUAUAUAGAUCUAGUUAAUACUUUCCUCGGGUUUGGUGCGUAUCGUUAUACUUGUUAUCCGAUCCCGAUGCAUUCAGCUUUAAGAAAAAAAACUAUCCCCAACGAGAAAAAGCAUAUCGAUUUUGAAUCACCUACGUUUUUGCCUAAUAUAUAUUUUCUCGUGCAGGGUGCACACUCUUGUUGUUAUUGUUUCUCAGCAUCAGGAAGUUCUAUUAUUUACAGCUUGAAUGUAAAAAAAUAAUUCUGUUGAAGUGAUGAUGGCAUUUCAUGAUGUUGUCUCCCCUCCUAAAGAAUCGGGGGGGGGGUGCUUCAACGUCCCACUGAGAGACUUGUAUUAUUGUCUGCUUUAUCAUCAUGUUCCAACGAAGACUCACAGAAGUGGAGUACGUUAAACCUACUGCAUUGUCAAUGUCAUUCCCAGAUAAGGCAAUGGUCAUCUCCGAUCCCUAAACUUUGACCCUUUUCAUUCAUAGUACAGAGAUGAAGGAUAUAAUAAUACACGUUUCUUAGCUGACUCUCUUCAAGGCCUGAGAAAGAAUGUGGUUUUUUUUCGUCCAUUCUGAUAGCUAAUCUAUUUUCAGCAUUUGCCUUUAAAUAGAUAUUCUCUUACAUCAGGGGUCUCAAACUCGCAGCCUGCGGGCAAAUUGCACUUGAGGCCCUUGACACCCUUGACUUACACUUCCAUAGUGCUGUUCGAUCAAUGUUUUAAAUUCCGCUCCUCUAGUGUCAGUGUUAACACCACAGCCUGCAGAGAGGUAUCCAGUCAGAAAUGUAUUGCAAUAAUACAUUCUGACAUUUUCGUGAAUACAAGUACAUGUAUACUAAAAUUUUAAGUGAACUAGUUUAGAGUCCGCGGAUACACUGAUUAGGUAGCCCGUCAAACUUGGGGGGGCUCUGCUAUGUGAGUUUCAGUUGAAGAGAAGCACAUCGAUACAAUAAGGUUAGUGAGUGCAGGGAAAAAGUAAGACACU